AUGGCUACUUGUGCUCCUACCAUCACUGUUCCAAUGCCUGCAACAGCCGCGACCCGCUGGCAGGAUGCAAUCGAUCGGCUUGAUCCCGAUACCCGAGCUUCACUCGCCGGCGUUGCAACCCGAAAACUUGACAUCCUCCAUCUUGUUGUGAAGACAGCGGAUGAAAAGCGAAAGAUCUGUAUCUCCAAACAAUGGAAGCUAAAGACUCCCAGUGGAAAGAUCAUUAUUCUGCGCGACGUGCUAGAAAAGGUCGCAGGAUGGGUAAACCGCCUUGUCUAUGUCGGAGACACGAUCGUCCAGUACGAUCCUUCUCAUGCUGCACUUCCAUGGGCCGCUUUUCGAUUCCUUUUGAACGUGACAGUCGGCGAUGUUCAGGUUUGGGGAGGCAUGCUCGUGAACCUGGAAACUAUCGCCCGACUUCUUUAUCAUUGUGAAGUUGUUGAGAAUAUGCACCUCAAACGCUCGUUUAGCAUGAUGGUUCAUCUGCAAGAAGCCAUGACCCAGCUCUAUGUUGAUAUCAUGAGCUCUUUGUCCAAACUAGUCAAAUACUUCAAACAAGGAUUUGCAGAACGCACCCUUUGGAGUGCUACUCGAUCCGACCCUAAACUCCCAGAAAUGACAGCUGUCUACGCCCAAGAACAAGAAGUUUUGAAAUGGACAGCAUUCUCUGACUCGGAGCUUUCCCAAUCGACAAACACCCAGGCCACUUCUAUAAUCUACGAUAUGGCAGCGAUUUCUCGAAAGUUGGAUGCUGAUCUACCUCGCCUGAUCGACACUAGCCUUCUCAUGCGCCAUUCUAUAGAUAAGGAAAAGAUAUCCAAUAUUCUUUCAUGGUUGUGUACGGUACCCACCACUUUGCACCUUAGGGAUAUUGCGACAAGAAGAAUGCCAGGGUCCGGAUCAUGGCUCUUAAACCACACAGACUUCCAUACCUGGCAUACUUCAAGCUCGUCCGCGAUGUUGCUGCUACAUGGUGUACGGGGUUGUGGAAAGUCAACGAUCGCUUCAUUUGUCAUCGACCAAUUCCAACAGCCUUCAGUUGUGCCUGGAGCGAGUCCAGUAACAUGCGCAUAUUUCUUCUGUGAUGACUCCAAUGCAGAACCGGAACGAGGAAGGGCAGAUAUUAUUCUCCGCGGUCUGAUUAGGCAGUUAGCAGUGGACUCUGUCACUAUAUCGAUUGACCAAGCUGUACUGUCUUUGUACGAAAAGCGUCUCGAAGCUGCCCAGCAAAUCAGAGCGGACAUGGCAAGAUUGAGUGUUGAGGAGUGUCUCUCCAUGCUUCUAGAUCUCACAGCGACUAACCCGGCAUAUAUCGUGAUUGAUGCAAUUGAUCAACUUGAACAGGAUGAGCGAGCAGUCCUGAUUGAAACCAUGAAAAAGCUUGUAGAUCAGUCUGCGAGCAUCACUAAGGUGUUUUUUACCAGCUGCAAUAACGCUCAUGUCGAGGGAUUGCUACCCGGUGUUACCAAGCUCCGGGUCACGUCUGACCGUGUUGAAACGGACGUGAGAGAGUUUGCAAAUCGGCAGGUGGAACAGGCAAAUGCAAGGAGACGCGUUUUAAACGGAACUGCGACGAGCAAGUUGAUAGAGAAGAUGAAGGAGCAUUUGAUUAGCAGAGCUGGGGAGAUGUUUUUGUGGGUCACUCUUCAGUUGGAAUUUCUCUGUCGCAAAAGAACAGAGCAGGAUAUCCUGACUGCACUGGAAACCAACUUAACUCCAGACCUCGACCAGAUCUAUGGCCGCACCCUCCGUCGUUUCAAUAAGCUAGAUUCAACAGCCACUCAGGCUAUCGUGCACAUAUUCUCGUUACUCCUCUAUGCCCAGAGACCCUUGCAUCCUACAGCCGUGGAACGUACCCUCGCACUCAAUCCAUUACUUACCGGAUCUGGAGCAGUGGAUCUAGAAGACCUUUCCUGCAGUCUGGUCAUACUAGAUGUGUCACAGGGCGUGGCUCGGUUCUGUCAUCCUUCCGUGCGUGACUACAUGCGCCAGCAGGAACUGUUCUCUGCACAAGUUGCUCAUCAAAUUCUUGCCGAUAUCUGCCUGCUGGAGUGCGCUUCAGGCCCAAGCAGCGACCCCUUCAUUGGCGACGAGACCCCUAUACAAGACUUUUAUCAUUAUGCCGCUGUAUGCUGGCCAGAGCAUCUUCGGAAAUGUGAAGCCUCGGGUAUAGAUUAUGAUUUCGGCAAACAUGCCGAAUCAUUUAUCGCAGGUCGGGAUGAUGGGUUCCUCAGUCCAGCCUUUCUCACCUGGAUGGACUGGAUAGCACAGGUCUGCCAUGACUUGCCGCCAUACCAUCAUACGCGAACUCUGUUCGAAAACACCAUCAACGACUCGUUCUCGCCUUUGUUCCUCACUUGUGUCUUUGGGCUACACGGGCUCCUGCUAUACGUUCUGGAAGUGCUUCCAGACUUGGACAUCGAUCAGCAUAGUGAUACGGGCCAUACCGGAAUUUAUCUAGCAAGCUCCUACGGCCACCAGAAUGUCGUGAGCACAUUAAUAGACCACAACGCUAAUUAUAAGCUAGAAUGUGGUGCCUUCGGUACCAUCACACGGGUCGCAUGCUUCAGAGGCCAUCUAAACGUCGUCCAAGACCUCCUGGGGCGCAUAGAUGAACUAGAAUCCCCCGAGCCUUUCUCUCGCGCAUACAAGGCUGCUUGCCUCGGUGGUCAUGCGGAGAUCGCCCUACUCCUUGCGAAGAACUGCAUAGCAGCCCGGUCUGCGAACCAACACUCUGUCAUGCUCCAAGAGACCAUCGAGGCAGGGCUUCCCAAAGUGCUGGAGUGGCUUACAAAGCCGAGCACUCUGAAAUCGUGGGGUCUACCAAAUUUAACUCUCAAUGCACAGACAGGCCUGGUUACUGUGGCGAUUAAGCAAGGCCAGGUCGCCGUCCUAAAAUCACUCCUCGAGAAACGCACACAUCUGAUGCAAGCACUCCCUAAGGAUUGCAUACCCGUUGCCGCAACUUCCGGUCACCUGGCUAUGGUCGAGUAUCUGCACAGCAUUGGGGCCAAUCCAGAUGAGCAAGGCCACUUUGGCUCUGCAUUACGAAGUGCUAGCUUGGUAGGCUGCGAGCCUAUCGUCCGUAUGCUUAUCGGGAAGGGAAUUGACGUUGGGCUUUGUGGCACCGAGGGUGAUGCGCUACAGGCUGCGUCUAUAAACGGUCAUGCCGGGGUGAUGGAGCUUUUGAUUCAGGCUGGAGCUAAUGUUAACCAAGUGGGCAAGCCUUGGGGAACCUGUCUGCAGGCCGCAGCUUGGUAUGGCCACAAGGACUCAGUAGACCUGCUACUUUGUCACGGCGCAGACAUUUAUCAAAAGGGUCAUUCCCUUGAUGCGUUGCACGCUGCCAUCGAAAGCGGUCAUGAGGAGAUUGCGAAGUUUCUCCUGGCCAAGGGAUAUCAGCCACCAAAGGGCACAUCCCUACCUGUGGCAUCGCGGGGAGAUUACGGAAGCUCUCUACUCCUCAAGGGUCGUCCAUUGACUACCCCUCAUUUGACUAAUAGGGAACAGGUACAGGUCGAAAGUGACACAGAGUCUGAUACAUUCUCAGAUUCAGAGACCUCUGAAGUCGAGAAUUCUUCCAACCGGACCAGCACACGCGAUGACAAUGACGAUACUGACGACAAUGAUAAUUACGAAUCGCGUCCAUUUCAAUAUGGCCUUGAAGGGAGUCGACUAGAACUGAGUGCCGUAGCUGGAGAUAUACAGUCCCUACGCUACUACCUGCUCCGCGGGAAGUUCCAUGCUGGGGCAAUCGAAAGUGCAAUUGAAAGUGCUGCAAUCCACAGACAACUUGAGGCCUUGAGUUUCCUUGUCACUAAAGGCAUUUCCCGAAGUUUGCUGUCCGCUACAGACCACGAGGUAACCAAGGCAAUGACUCCGGCUGCUGAAAAUGGGCAAUCCGAGGCCCUACAAAUCUUGGGUGAUGCAUCCAACUGGAAAUAUAUGCAGUCAUCAAAACAGUGGAUGCUACCCUUUGAGGCCGCCAUCGAGUCUGGAGACCUCGCCUGUGUUUCAAUGCUAUUACAACAUCACCCGCCACCGGGUGAGGCCUUUAUGUGGGAGCUUACCAAAGCUAUCGAUACUUCCAUAAAAGUUCGAAGGCGCCACGUAACAGAAUUUGUCUUGUUAUGGCUUCAAUGGCAUAGCGGGUUGGAAAGUCCAGUUGCCACUGCGAACACAUCAGAUGUGACAAUUCCCACAGCAUCUGCAGCUAUGGUGUCAUCUCUCAGAACUUAUCUCAAUCCGGAAGUUGGUGUCUCCAAAAAGGUUGAAGACAGUCGCGAUGUAUUGCUAUCAUUAGUUGUUGCAGCAACAACUACGUGCGAUCUCAUUCUGUUGAAGCAGCUCCUAGCCAAAGCAAAAGCCAGAGGCUACAUGAAGUACAAUGAGCCGAGCAAAUUUUUGGAGGAUGUUUUCCUAUCUGCUUGUUCACACUCUGUCCGUGGAAUGGAGUUAUUGUUGGGCUCUGGCCUCAGCGAGAAUUGUUUCCCCCAACAGCUAUUCUGCCAGGGCGUUCAUGAUGCAGCGCUUGCGGGCAAGGCCAAGAUGGUCAGCUAUCUUGCGAACAAAGUAUUAGGGAACGCACUAUCUGAGGAAAGCCGGCGAACGCUUUAUGAUGCCUUUUUAGCUGCCUCAUAUGAAGGUCAUUCCCGCGUUGUGCAAAUUAUUCUGGAUCUGACUAGCUUUUGGAAUGGCAUAGAGGAGACGAACAGGACGACAAUUCUCACAAGAGGGCUUGUCGUGGCCGCUGAAUACGGACGCAGGAAAACCUCGAAUCUGCUUUUGAAAAACGGUGCGGAAAUUCACGUCUGCGUGCAGGAAGUACCACAUCCGAGGGGACUUGACAAAGAAAUGGCCUCCUGCGUUGCGGUCUUUGGAGACGAAUUGCCGCCCGCCUUUGAGUCAGAGUAUCGACGCCAACAGCAAGCUCAUCGACGUCAACAACCAGGAAAUUCUCAAGUUUCCUCCCGCACAAUUAGCCCGUUGCAGGCCGUCAUACGAGGGUUUGAGAAGAUUGCAUCACAUGAGGAUUCCGUCGGGGAUUCUCAUUCUCUUGUGAAGCUAUCGAGGGACCUUGAGUCGAUUCUUGGCACAAUUAUUGAGCUUGGUUGCGAUCCAGAUGACCAGGGUGGACAGCCUAUGUACCCAAUUCAAUAUGCGGCACGUUGGGCCAAUGAACGCGUUAUUCAGACUCUGCUGGAUGCAGGCGCUGAGCCAAAUCGGCUGGACGAGGAUGAUGAUGAGCAUGACGAGCCAUGGAAACAUUGGUCCCAAGGGGAGAAAAGCUGUCAUCCAAUUUUGCUUGCUGCCGAGAGAAAGUGUCGCUUCUCGUACGCGAUCAUUGCAAAACUUCUCAAGGGAGGGGCGACUGUUCCCAGUACAAGGCAAGGUCACAUCCAUCCCGCGGUGUGCAUGUCCCUGUGCCGGCCUAUUGGGUGGGAUAGACGGCAAAUUCCGCUGCCAGAUGGAUGGACGGGUCGCCAGACUCGAGAUCAUGAGUACAAAAGUCAAGCACUGUCGAUCGAAGCAGCUCGACAGUUGUUCAACGACGGAAUGCGAGCGCUGUUAACUGAAAUGUUCAAACAACUCCCGCAACAGAGGGCAGAUGAACCCGAGUUUCAAAUGCUCCUGACUGUGGCAUCGACAGCAGGGGAUCGUGUGUCUGUUAAACUGCUACUGAAGCAUGGGGCGCUGGUGAAUAAUUGCGGUCGAGACACGGUCGACACACCCCUCGGUUGUGCGGCACUUCAUGGUCAUAUUCACAUCAUGAAAGAGCUUCUUAAUGCUGGCGCCGAUCCCGAAUGUAAAGGAUUCGUCAGUUGUCCACAGGAUGCUAUGAUCAAGGCUAUUAUGGGCGGCCACACCGCGGCAGUGCGACUCCUUGUCCAUAGUGGUGCACAACGCGUUCGCGCCCAAGGCCGACGAUCCUUUCUUCUCGUUGCUGCGCGAGCAAGAAAUGCCCAGAUGGUCGAAUGCCUGCUUCAAUUGAAAUUCUCAUUACAUGGGGGCUCUGACGCAUUGUUAGUUGCGUGUGCUAAGGGUGACGUUGAUAUUGUGUCGAGUUUUCUGUCCGCUGGCAUUGAUCCAAACACACCGGGCAAACUCGACCUAAACACGCCGAGCAAGGUCGAGUCAGCCCCAUUGUAUCAAGCUUCUCGUUGUGGCCAUCUGGCCGUUGUCCAAGAAUUGCUGAAACAUGGCGCCGAUCCAACUAAGAGAGUCGAGGAAGGUCUUGGUGUGCCACUCGUGAUUGCUGCAAAUAAGGGACAUCUCGAAGUUGUAAGGACACUCCUUGAGCAUGGCGAUGUCAAAGUUGUCGAGGAACCUUCCUACAACAUAAAUGUUCUAAAUGCCAUCGCAAGGACUUGUGCUGAUAGCUGGUCACCUGCCAAAGCUAACAUCCUCGAGCUUCUUCUGGAAGUUGCCUCACAAAGAAGCGAUUUUGAGACAAUUUGGACAACGGCUAUGUCAGAUGAAUCACUGUCAUACCGUAUCCAUCUAAUAGAGCUCUUGCUGGACUAUGUCCCACCUAGCCCCGACAUACUGGUACAUGCAGCUUCCUGUGGCUCCACGGCGGCAGUUCAACGUUGCCUAGCUCGGGGUAUUGAUCCAAAUAGUCCAAAUCAACAGGGCUAUAUGCCCUUAGCUUCUGCAGCCGGGGGCAUGAACAAAGAUUUAGUCCAAUUACUUCUUUCUCGGGGUGCGAAUGUCAAUGGGCUGGAUGUGCAAGGUCACACACCUUUACUGGGCGCACUAGAAGGAUUCAAGAUGAGCUUGAUAGCACCAACACGGAAUGGAUCUCACGGCCACCACGCCCUGGGCGUCGAGGAUACCGUCUACUGUCUUUUAGAAGCCGGCGCCAAGCUUACGUGUGGCAACAGCCCAGAAGUUCUCGAACUUGCUUGCUCCCUUGGCCAUACGGGCGUUGUCACCAUCCUCCUGGCCCACCGAGAGCCCGACUCCUCAAACACUGAGCUCCAAAAGGGUCUGUUCGCCGCCCUCGACAACGAUCAUCCCGAUAAUGUCUCUCUUCUGCUCAAAAAUGGUGCUGACCCGAAUCGACUUCGUUCACUCCAAUCCAAUGAUCCACAAGCUCGAUAUCUCUCACAAACAGGGGCAAUGGUCGAGCAGACACCACUGGAGGCAGCUUGCAGAAGUUCGAAUGAUUGCCUAAUGCGUACAUUCCUGGCCUCUGCAACGGGGUUACGCAUCUCCCCACGGGAGUUGACCACAGCGGCGAGAUCUUCGGUGGACCAGGAUACCCAUUUGAACUGUACCAACAUAAUGCUCAUUCUGGAGCAUGACGCCUCUUUGAUUGUGCCUGAUUCAGUCUUGGAGAUACUGGCUGCUGGGAAUCAUGGAAAGCUGCUAAAACGCGUGCUUCCGCGCAGCAGUUGCAGCGAUCCGUCGCGCUUUGAGCCCAGGCCCAUACCAUUGGUUCCGUGUGCUCCACCAACCUUGGGCCAGUUGCGGCGCGCCGAUAUGCUCCGUCCACGUUACACUUGA